GCCAGUGUUUAGAUAAACGUAAUCGCUGCCACCUAGCCUGUCCCGUCCCGUAGCACUGGUCAUUAUACUUCGGCGCUGAGUGAAGUCAGUCAAGUGUUUAUUGUUUUUGUCCGGUUUUUUCGUCGGGCGUAAUAUGCACCAAUGAGUCGUAAACGUAAAUUGCAGGAGGAAGAAUUUGAGAAGUUGAAGAAAAAGAUGAGGAAGCUGGAACGUUCCAUGAAGUUGGACUCUUCCAAUGAACAAUUCAAAAAAGGAGCUAACUACAAUACGCUAAACACUCACCGAUCAGCAUUGAAUCUUAUAUCGGAUGUAGGGAAAUGCGAAUUGAUAGAAAGGUUUAUGAAAGGAGUGUUCAAAAUGAAGCCAACGUUUCCUAAGUACGACGAAAUAUGGGAUCCCCUUCCGGUGUUAUCAUUUGCAGAAAAUCUAUCCCCACUACAAAAUCUCACUCUGAAAGAUCUUACCCUAAACUAUACUGACAGAGUCUUCGGAGCCUUUCAAAUGUUACUGAUGAUACAUGUUUGUCUUGCAUCUGUUGUCAUUGGCAUUCUUUGUUACUAUGUGAUUUUUAUUGAAAGUCUGACUGAUAAAGUUAGGCAUGCUCUUCAUCUUGGAGGAUGGAUAUCAGUCUUGUUUUACAUGUGCAUGAAAGGACAAACUAUAAUUGACGAGGUAAGUGUUCGAAAAGAAAUAUGCAGACUGUUGAUAUAA